GCCAUUAUUGUGAGUGGCGGACCUAGUUCUCUUCGUCCACGAACGAGCCUUCCACGCUCCGUCGGGCGCCGCCCACCGUUGUCAGCCUUGCGUGCUUGUUCUCGGGCACGCAGUAAAGAAGGUUCGAACCCUAGGACUUUUUCCCCUUCCAAAAUCUGGGUUUAUCUAAUCCUUUGUGAAGAACUUCAUCAAUGGCGAAUCGCACUGAUCCAGCAGCGAAAAGUAUCAGAGGCACAAAUCCUCAGAAUUUGGUGGAGAAGAUUCUCCGAUCAAAGAUCUACCAGAACACUUAUUGGAAGGAACAAUGUUUUGGUUUGACAGCGGAGACCUUGGUGGACAAAGCCAUGGAACUCGAAUAUCUUGGUGGAACUUAUGGGGGUAACCGCAAACCCACACCCUUCAUGUGCCUUGUCAUGAAGAUGUUGCAGAUUCAACCUGAGAAGGAAAUUGUCAUCGAGUUUAUCAAGAAUGAGGAUUACAAAUAUGUGAGAAUACUCGGUGCUUUUUACCUGCGCCUUACUGGAUCUGAUAUUGAUGUGUAUCGAUAUUUGGAGCCCCUAUACAAUGACUACCGGAAACUGAGGCGAAAAUUACCUGAUGGCCAGUUUAGUUUGACACAUGUGGAUGAGGUUAUUGAUGAGCUCUUGACAAAAGAUUACUCCUGUGAUAUUGCCUUGCCCCGAAUUAAGAAAAGGUGGACUCUUGAAUCUAGUGGUGCCCUAGAACUUCGACGUAGCGCACUUGAAGAAGAUUUUGAGGAGGAAGAAGAGAAAGAAGAAAAUGAGCAGCCUGUUGAUGGGCUAGAAGAUGGAUCCUAUGAGAAGCAGGAUUAUUAUCGAGGACGAAGCCCCACAAGGGAAAGAGAUAGAGAUAGAAGACGUGAUAGUCAUAGGCACAGGGAUCGAGAUUAUGAACGAGAUUACGAUAGGGAGAGAGGGCGAGGGCGUGAUAGAGACAGGGAUAGAGAGAGGGACAGGGACCGAGACAGAGACAGAGAUCGAGAUCGAUAUCGUCUGAGGGAAGAGAAAGAGUAUGGAAGAGAAAGAGAGGGGAGGGAGCGAGAUAGGAGAGACAGAGAUAGGGACCGGGAGAGAGGGAGACGAAGAAGCCACUCAAGGAGCAGAAGUAGGAGCAGAGAUCGCAAGGAUAGGAAGAGACAUGGACGGAGCAGCACGAGUCCAAGCAGCAGAAGGCAUGGAGAUGGUGGACAUGAGGAAGCAGAGCCCAGGAAGAAGAAGGAGAAGAAGGACGAUGGGACGGAUCACCCUGAUCCGGAGAUUGCUGAGGCCAACAAGUUACGAGCUGCUCUGGGCUUGAAACCCCUCAGACCCUGACGCAAUUUGUUCUUUUAUUUCUUGUUUGUCUGAUACUACAAAACAAUACAUGUUGGAUCCUCCCUGUACGAGUGGCCGUUGCUGAGUUUUGUAUUAGGCUACUCGCGUAUAACAUUAUUGCUGCUGCCUGCUCCUCCUCUGGUU